AUGAAGUUCGCCUUAGCAGUGUUACUACUAACAUGCCACGGACAAAACGGCAACGUCUUGCGAAGGAACCAUACAACUUGGAAUGAGGAUGGUGCUUCUCUGAAGGAAAUCAUGGAGAAAACUGUUGAAGCUUUGGAUAACAGUGCUGCAACUGAGAUUGUUACAAUAGAGUCGGAAUAUUCGCGGACGAGUAAUACAGUGGAGAGUGAUAAUGUAGACACGAUACAUAUGGACAGUACUUCUAAGGCUUUGAGAAAGAAACCCUCGAGUCUUUACGAAGACAAUAAAAACUCAAUCCCCAGAAAAAGGGACAGCGAUACUGGCCUCGACGAAACAGAUCUGAAUUUUGACGACAAGUCUGAUCGUGAUCUCGUUAAGCCUGGGAAAUUACCAAGUCAACAGAUGUUCCUGGAUUUUAACUCGAAUGAAGAUGAUGUCGUCAAGCCUCCACCAGUACCAAAACAGCUCCCACACAAUGACCAUCUUUGGCCUAAGCCUAGAGAAUUUGGAGAGACUAGCUCCAAGCCGAAAGAUCUUUUCGAACCAGUCAAUGUUCUUUAUUACUUUGACUUCGGCGGUAAGAGCUUAAGGAGAAAGUAUGAGAGUCCGAAAACAAAGAUAUGCUCCCGUACACACAGAAAAUUUGCACGUCAACAGGAAAAAGCUGGAUGUCAAAAUGCAGUUGACAUUGUCUACACUGCUUGUUUGAACUAUCGCAAAUGUAUAAAACUGGGUAGCAAAGAUGCAAGGAACUGCAUGGAUUUAGUGUGCUCCAACCUUAAGAAACUUGACAAGAAGGACGAGUGUUACAAUAGACUGUUUCCGUGCAAAUUGUAAUUCAGAUGCUUGCUAGAUAUUAAUUAUGGUCACAAAACUCAACUAAAAC